AUGAACGACGGCAGAACGUCUCCCAAGAGACGUCACAUUCUUUCUUCCAUCAACCCAGAGGAACCAUCGCGGCCACCACCCCGGCGACGACCUACAGAGCGCGCUUCACGAUCCGCAACCCCGCCACCACGCUCACACCGAGAGAAGCGAGUCGCAGAUGACGAUGCAAAGAACCUCGGCGCUGGCGACACGACGCGGCCACGACGCAGCCGGCUAAGGCUCAAAGGCGAAAGGUCCGGCCGUAGCCAUCACAGCGACCGCGGUAGCCGGCGGCAUCGCUCACAAGAACGCCGUGACGACCAUGACGGAGAAGAAUCCUCACGGCGACGACGCACCCGAUCUCAUGAAUCUCUCGACAAUCAUAAUGACGAGAAGGAGUCCUCCUCUCGUCGACGCCGCCAUCGCCAUCGACGUCGACACCGCAGCCGCUCACCUACACCACCGAAUCCUCACGAGCCGGAGCCGCUUGAUCCAGAGGCGGCCUUUCGCGAGUCACUGUUCGACGCCAUGGCCGACGAUGAGGGCGCAGCGUACUGGGAGGGCGUCUACGGGCAGCCCGUCCACAUCUACGAUCAGGACAAGGUCGGCCCGCAGGGCGAGCUGGAGCGCAUGACGGAUGAGGAAUACGCAAUGCACGUGCGAAUGAAGAUGUGGGAAAGAACCCACGACGGUCUGGUCGAGGAGCGCGCACGCACCGAAGAGCGGCGGAAGAAGAUGGAGGAACAGGCCCGCCUCAACCAGAAGCUGCACGUGGAGAUGGAGCGCAGCCUGCGCCGCGGCGAGGCGCGGCGCGAGAAGAAGCGCUGGGCGCAGCGCUGGGACGACUACGCUACAGCGUGGGAGCACUGGGACGGCGCGGCGCGGACCAUGGCCUGGCCGUGGCGAGACGGCGUCGCCAAGCGCGGCGAGGGCUGGGGCAUCGUCGAGGACGGCGCCGAGGAGGCGGUGGACGAGAAGGAGGUCAGGGCGUUUUUCGUGAACGGGCUCGCGGCCGAGGAGAUUGGCGAGGCGGCGUUUGUGGCCAAGCUCAAGGACGAGCGCGUGCGGUGGCACCCCGAUAAGAUGCAGCAGCGCCUGGGCGGCACGGUGGACGGCAAGGUGAUGAAGGAUGUCACGGCGAUUUUUCAAAUCAUCGAUAGACUGUGGGCGGAUAUGCGAAAGACGGAGUAG